UCUCUUUGAGGCUCGCCAGCGGGUAUAAACAAGAUUUUAGGCACUCGUCCCGCUAGAAAAACUAGGGACUACGGUCCAUAAAAGAGUGAAACUCCGUGGGAAAGUACCAACGACUCGCAGCCCCUCCUUUUGGAUUGUAGCGUGAAUAUAUUACUGUUUAAAUCUUUAUCCGUGUUUCUCCUCAACGCGUCGUGGGCUAAUUAUGGCACUUCUGAUCCACGUGACGCUUCUGACAACGGCGCUCAUCACACAGGUGACUGCGAGCUGUCCAGCAGUGUGUGACUGCCCCUCCGAGCCCCUGGUUUGCCCUCCGGGAGUAAGCGCCGUGCCGGACGGGUGUGGGUGCUGCAAGGUGUGCGCCGCACAGCUCAACCAGGACUGCGGCCGCGCGAGGCCAUGCGACCACCACAAGGGGCUGGAGUGUAAUUACGGCAACGAUGUGACCGUGGCCUUGGGCAUCUGUCGAGCUAAGUCGGAGGGCCGCACGUGCGAGUACAACGGCAGGGUCCAUCAGAACGGGGAGAGCUUCCGCGCCAGCUGCAAGCACCAGUGUACGUGCAUCGACGGCGCCGUCGGCUGCGCUCCCCUCUGCGCCAACAAGCUGCCCCCGGCCUCCCCCUCGUGCCCUUACCCGCGGCUGGUCAGGAUACCCGGGCAGUGCUGCUUCAGCGUGGACUGCCACAAGGGCACCUGGCGCCUCCCACCUAAGCAUCAGGCGCCUCCACCACAACAACACUUUCCCAGACGUCAGCACGCGCCUGAAGAUGAGUUGGCCAACGGGUUUGCAGAGGUCAAGUCCAGCAGCUGGGAGAGCGAGCAUGGCUACAAACACCUGCCUGUGUGGAGCCAUCUGAAGGAGGAGAAGUGCCCCGUCCAGACCACGGACUGGUCCCAGUGCUCCAGCAGCUGCGGGAUGGGCGUCUCCUCUCGCGUCACCAACAAGAACCCCCAGUGCAAGCUGGAGAGGGAGACGAGAAUCUGCACCGUGCGGCCAUGCGGCGCCCCGCCGGCCCCCGCCAAGCGAGGGAAGAAGUGCUCCCCGACCCAGAAAGCCGCAGAGCCCAUCCGCCUGUCCUACGGGGAGUGCGCGAGCGUCCGUCUCUACAGGCCGAACCACUGCGGCGUGUGCACGGACGGACGCUGCUGCACGCCGCGACGCACGCGCACGGCGCCCGUGACCUUCGCCUGCCCGGACGGCGAGCGAUUCCGGAGGUCGGCCAUGUUCAUCCAGUCGUGCAAAUGCAGCGACGACUGCGGCCACCUCAACGAGGUGGCCCUGCCGCCCCAGCAGUGGAUGUACGGAGACACGCACCAGUUCAAAGACUAGUGCUGAGGGGGACUUUUUUUUUAGAUUUGAAUGUGAUGAGGUCAACUUUCUUGAUGAAUGAAGACGCUUUAAGACAAGGGGCCAUUUUGGCUCCCAGUGAGUGAAGGGCACCAGUCGCCUCAGUUUCAUUCUCAAUCAUAAUGACAACCUCUUAAUUGUGAUAUUGUGCGACCGGAGUAGAUUUCCUGCUCCUGUUUAAAUAGACAUGAGCCCUAAAUUUGAGCCCCUGGAGCUGCUCCACUAUUUAACUGAAUGUUGGUUAAGGUGUUGGCUCUCCUAAUGUUUGAGACUUUCAGGUCUGCCUGAAAGGAGAAAAAAAAGCACUUUGUUCAGCACUGAAACAUAAGAACUAUAACUAACGGCAGUGCACACUUUGUCCAAUACAAUAGCCUCACACACACUGAGAUGGUGGACGACUCCCUGUCCCACAAUGCACUGUGACUAAUCAGCGACAAGCAAAGUUUUUUGCAGCUUCAUGUGAAAAGAAAACGUGGGACUUUUAACAUGAGCGGCAGCCGUUCAGUUACAGACACCAAAGAAUGACUGUUCCUCAGACUGAUGAAAUGAUGUGGAACCAAGGACUGGACCAAUGCCAAUUGAUUUCUUUGUGCAUCAAAUGUAGCUCAAAGGAAGGAAUGUCUUUCAAUAACCUGUAUUUGAGAUGUUAUUUUGAUCAGUAUUUUCUGUAAAUACAAUUUCUUUAUUUGGAUUUGUGUGGAUAACACUGCAGCGUGACCACAUUUGAUGCCAGUUUCUUUUCUUUGGCUUGACAUGUGCAACAGAGCAGUAAAAUGUUUGGCAAAACAGUGGCUAUGUCUCCCUCUGCUGGUGAGGAUAGUUAACUACAGCUUGUAUUCUGACGAAUAAAUGAAACAUUGGAAGCCUCGUCCAUUUUCAAAAAAAAAAAAACACAA